AAUAUGCCUCCCUUAAUUUCUUCGUUGUCUCAACGUGCUUUACCCGAUGUAUGCCUUACUCCCAAAUGUGUAGAGAUCGCUGAAUCUAUUUUGUCAUCUGUCAAUUUGAAUGUGGAUCCGUGUUCUGACUUCUUUCAGUAUACAUGUGGAAACUGGCUGCUUUCUGAUGAAAUAAAGGACACAGUUCAAGGAUCUUCCACAGCUCGAACAAUGACAAUAAAAAACCUAGAUAUGAUCCUUGGAUUUUUAGAAGGAACAUUUGAAGAUCUUUAUGAUACAAUUAAAUCGGUAGAUCCACUCUAUAAUACACAAAGCAUGAUGGAUAGCGACAGAAAGAACUUCCAACUAAUUAAAACAUACUAUGAUGCGUGUUUGGACACGGAACGUAACCUUCAAUUGGGAUCCACUCCUUUAUUCCCUUUUCUUGCUCAGAUCGAAAAUAAUUUGUUUCCUAUCACGGAGAAUCUAGUAUCAGAAAGAUUGUCCGAAACAAUUGCCGCAUUGACGCUUCGGGGAGUACCCAGUAUUGUAGAUAUCGGGGCUGAUAUCAACAUAUACGACCAUGAUUACUUUCUCCUAAACAUUUUGCCAGGAUUGACCGAUAAUUUGACUAUAUAUGAGCAUAUAGAUCAAUUAGGGUCUUAUAGAUAUAAAGUUAUUGAUCUUUUAACCCAUACAGUAGGAGACGUGUCCGAAUUGGAUCAAGAUUACGGAGAAUUUGUUUUGCAAGAAAGCCAAAAAAACAAUUUUACCCUUUGGUCUGCUUCUAAAAUCGAAAUUGCCGCCAGUAACUUUGUCAAUUUUGAAAUGAAACUAGCGAAGCUAGUAAAUGUUGAGGCUAUAUCACACGUUUUCACUGACCACCCAUCUACCUUGAAGGAGAUUGAAUCAAUCAAUCCUACUAUUGAUUGGAAUAUGUUGGUCUCAACUUUGGUCUCACCGGAAUAUCCCACUCCUGAUUUACCAAUUAAAUAUGUAAAAGAGUAUACCGAAAGUCUUGAGGAAUUGCUAACAACAACAUCAGUAAAAGUAUUGCAAGAAUAUUUUAUUAUAAGAAGCAUUCAAGCUACUAGCAGCAAACUUAGUAUUCCUGAAAGUGUUCAAUCAUCUACGGUAGCAAGUUUCUCAGAAUAUAUCCCACAAACUGAUACAUUUAAAGCACCAACUGGAAAGGAGCCUGAGUCUCCAUCACAAAGAUCAAAAUGCGCGAAGGAAACAAGUUUAAAAUUCUAUGACAUUUUUGGGCGCUUCUUUUCUUUGAGCUCAUUAGGUGCUACUGACGAAGUGAAGAGAGUUGAAGACAUGGUCAGUUUCUUACAUGCAACCUGGCUACAUGACAUGUUACCCGAAACAUCCUGGGCCGACGAGGAAACCAAAGCAGGAAUUAUUGAAAAGAUCGAAAAUUUAAUCCUAAAGAUUGGUGUUAGAAACAAGAAACCGGAUUGGAGGGAUCCUUCCUCUCUCGAGUUACUAUAUGACAAUGUAACUCUUGAUGACAGCGAUGGUUAUUUUUAUAAUUCUGUUGUUAUGGCCAUCCAGGAGAAUACCAAGAAUUUUAAAUCUUUGUUGCAGAAAAAGAACAGGAGUGACUACAAUAAAGAAGAUAUGGGACCCUAUGUAGUAAAUGCUUUCUACGAUCCCUUUUUUAAUUCACUCGAAAUUCUGAUCGGUAUGAUCCAACAGCCUUUCUAUAGCGUAGACUACCCGGAAUACUUAAAUUAUGGCGCUAUUGGUGGCGUUAUUGGGCAUGAAUUAGUACAUGCCUUAGAUAAUAGUGGAAAAAAUUACAAUGCGACAGGAUAUCUGGAAGACUGGUUUACAGAGUCUUCAGCCAAAGCGUACGAUGAGAAGGCACAGUGCUUUGUCGAACAAUACGAAAAUUUCACAAUGACUGGGCUUAAUAAUACUGAAUAUCCGCUGGAUGGAGAUGCCCAAUUGGGAGAAAAUAUUGCAGACAGCGGUGGAUUAAAUAUUGCUUUUCGUGCAUACCAGAACCAUGUGCUUAAGCAAGGACCUGAUCAGCUCUUACCAGGUCUGGAGCAUUUGACUCCCGAGCAAAUGUUUUUUGUGAAUCAUGGUCUUAUCUCUUGUGAAAUCACGGCAUUAAGUGACGCUAAAGAGUCUGCUGUAAGUAAGGUCCAUUCUCCCUUUUAUUACAGAGUUAUCGGUGGUUUGCAGAACGAUGCCAAUUUUGCCAAAGCAUUCAAUUGCCCUGUUGGGUCUCCGAUGAAUCCAGAAAAAAAGUGUUCCAUUUGGUAGCCGCAGCUGGUUUUCUGAAUUAGUUGUAUUUCUAUUAUCUGGUUGUCUUGAACCUCUUUUGCAAAUAAAUUAGAAAACUCUUUAUGUAGUACUAAAUCUUAUAAGGUUCAUUGGACCAAAGAGACAGCAAGUUUCCUUUUUAUGAACUUGUUUAUUGUGUGUGGCAUUUAAGCCUAAAAAUCAUCG